AUGGUCAGUAACAUGAAGGCCAUAGAGCCAAAAAGGUUCAAACCAGCAACAGGUUGUCCUGAAAACACAAAGCCUGAACGUGCCAAGGCAACACUUGGGAAGAAGACCUGCUCAUUGUCAAAUCUUUGGAGAGGCCUUGAUCCUCCUUAUGUCAGAGAUCAGCAAUCAAGCUUUUUCCUGUGUUUGCAGAAAGAACUGAAGAGUUUCCAGUUUCAUGUCCCUGUCUGUGAAGAGCAGUACUUCCUACCACUUGUGGGUUUCCAUCACUCCCAGCAACCAUCAACUGACCUAGAAUUUGACCGCGUAGUGAUUUAUACGACUUGCCUUCGUGUGGUACGGACAACCUUUGAAAGGUGUGAACUGGUAAGAAAGAUCUUCCAAAACCAUCGGGUAAAAUUUGAAGAGAAAAACAUAGCUCUGAAUGGUGACUAUGGAAAAGAAUUAGAUGAACGAUGCCGACGGGUUUCUGAAGCUCCUUCGCUUCCUGUCGUGUUCAUCGAUGGCCAUUACCUUGGGGGUGCUGAGAAAAUUUUGUCAAUGAAUGAAUCAGGAGAACUGCAAGAUCUCUUAACCAAAAUUGAGAGAGUGCAGCAUCCACACGAGUGUCCCUCCUGUGGAGGCUUUGGCUUUCUUCCGUGCUCCAUCUGCCACGGGAGCAAAAUGUCAGUGUUUCGAAACUGCUUUACGGACUCUUUCAAGGCCCUGAAGUGCACGGCUUGCAACGAGAAUGGCCUUCAGCGCUGUAAGAGCUGUGUUGGUUAAACAGAGCUCCCACCCAUGGGGCGCCUGGUUUCAUUGACUGAAAGCAAUAAUUUGGUUUAUACUUUUUUUUAAAAAAUGGCUAUGUUUCUGGAUUAAUCAAUAAACUUUGUUUAUUA